AUGAAUGAGGAGCGGUUGGGUGAUGCCAGUGGAGCAGACAAUGCUGAGCCCUACAGUGACAAAGACACAGACCAAAGGAGUUCCCCAGAUAUGACUAAAGCCAAAAGUUGCUUCACUCCUGAAAGUCCUGAAAUUGUUUCAGUGGAUGAGGUUGGAUAUGCAGUUCAGAAAAAUGGUGGGAGCACAGAGAGCCGUCCAGAUAGCCCCAAGUACCAUCCAGAGCAGAACCAUCUCCUGAUAGAAGGUCCUUCUGGGACAGUUUCUUUACCUUUCAGCUUGAAAGCCAACAGACCUCCACUUGAAGUCUUGAAAAAGAUCUUCCCUAACCAAAAGCCAACAGUGCUGGAGUUGAUCCUGAAGGGGUGCGGCGGUGAUCUGGUAAGUGCUGUAGAGGUUCUCCUGUCUAGUCGGUCUUCAGUGGCCAGUGGGGAGAGAACUUCUGCAGAAUCCGAUGGUCUUGUUUUGCCCUCCAAUGGGCAUAUUUUUGAACACACGCUGAGUUCAUACCCUAUUUCCUCUUCCAAGUGGUCUGUGGGCUCAGCAUUUAGAGUUCCCGACACGUUGAGGUUCUCUGCUGAUUCCAGUAGCGUCGUGCCAAAUCCUCUGGCCGUACCAUUGCAGCACCCUUUCCCUCAGCCACCGCGCUACCCGCUGAUGCUGAGGAACACUUUGGCAAGAAACCAGUCCAGUCCAUUCCUGCCCAAUGACGUCACCCUGUGGAACACCAUGACGCUGCAGCAGCAGUACCAGCUGCGGUCCCAGUAUGUCAGUCCUUUCACUAGCAACUCAGCCAGCGUUUUCCGAAGCUCUCCUGUCCUUCCUUCCCGCUCGUCAGAAGAUCCUAGGAUCUCAGUCCCUGAUGAUGGGUGUCCUAUUGUGUCUAAGCAACCGAUUUACACAGAAGAUGAGUAUGAUGAAAGGUCCGAUUCUUCAGACUCAAGAAUACUCAACACAUCUUCUUAGACUGACAUUUGAUGUGUGAUAGCUAAUUGAUACUUGCAGUGCAGCUGAACUACUGGGCCCUAAGAGGAGGGACAUGUACUCUACAAAACCCUUGCAAUUGUAUUAAAAAGUGACUUUGCUUGGUAUUGUACUAUAGCAAUAAAGACAUAACUUAUUUAAUUUCUUGCACUUCACUGGAUAAUGCCAAAUAGCAAUACUCUGGCUUUAGUGCUGAGUGUGUGUCACAAAGGAAGACUUUAUGGCUAUCAGUUAUGGGACUCUGGAAGACUCGUAACGGAAACAGAAGCCCAAAGUCUACUUUGUUCCUUAACUCGGAAAAAUGGGGAUGUUAAACUAGAAUACUUGAAUGCUGUUUUAUAAGAGAGAACUCCUCAGGACAUAAGAAAUCAAGCAAAUGUAGUUCAAUUGCAAAUGGACUAAAACAAGGAAAGGUACUGCCAGUGAUUGUCCUUGCAGUGAAAGAAAAGGCAGAAGAAAGAAAUACGCACAUGAAACUAGCAUGAGCUGCUUCUGUGCUGUUUGAGCUUGGACGCUUUUCUGAGAAAUAAUAUUAAGAGUUAUUCU